AUGAAAUUUAUUGUUUUGCAUUACAAUGUUAUUUGCAAAUGCCUCUCUAGCAAUGAGCUUGCCUCAGUUGACAUGCAUAGAAGAUACAAGGUCAUGUUGUGGCAUAUUUUCUGUUCUCUUCACAGGAACCUGGUUAUGUUGGUUUUGCUAACCUCCCUAACCAAGUCCAUAGAAAAUCUGUGAAGAAAGGGUUUGAGUUUACCCUUAUGGUUGUUGGUGAGUGCUGUGCAAGAAACAAUCUCAAAUUAACUCAUUAUCGUUAUACGGCAUAAAACUCUCACCUGUCUAAAGUGACUAUAGCUUUUGACUUGGAUGAUCAAAGAACUUGUAACACACACAUCUGGCUGGAUGAAUAUAAAUGUUUAAGGCAUGUGAUAAAUAAGUUUUGCUACAAGCUGUGAUAGUCCAUCAGGAAACCUGUUGUUUUUGAUACAUGUUGUUUCGAUACAAACUCAAGCAGUGAAACAUUAUUGCACAAUACAUCUGUAUUUUCAAUCACUUAUUAGUCCAUAUAUAUAGUAGGCUAUUGAGGGAACUUUGAUUGAUACAUUUUUUUUUUGCUAGACCUAAUUAAGACCAGGCUAUUCCCUUCUUUCAGCAAACAAGAUCACUACCAUUGAACUUUUUUAGUUUGAAUGUCUUUUGUUACUGAUGCAUGAUAUUUAUCAUCAAACCAUGACAAGAAGCUUGUUUUCCCUUCCAUUUGAAAACUUAAAUCAUCAAACAGAUGAGUUUUGACCCUGCAGUAUACUUAAUACCAUCUAAAUGGUUCUUCACCUCUAAUAAUAUCGAUAAUUUUUUUAAGUAACUGAUUUUUAUAACCGAUUUUUUGCUAUUCCAGGUGAGUCUGGUUUGGGAAAGUCAACCCUUGUAGAUAGUUUGUUUCUUACUGACUUAUAUGAUGAGACAGCAAUUCCUAAAGCAGUUGGUAUGUAUAAAUAACUUCUGAGUGUAAAACCUAAUCAUUGGUGGAACUAGGGAGGGGCCCAAGGUCAGGACCCCUUUGUCUGACAGACCCAAAAUGAGGUCUACAGAGCCAAUGUGCCAACUGAAGAUAACUCUGUUUUGGCUAAAGGGAAGACUAUCUCCCUUUAUUUAAAAUGUCUGACACCUUUAACCCUUCCACCUCAAUUUAUCAUUUUUUCUUUAAAUAGUCUGGUUUUCCUUUGAUGGCAAGCUGAUUAGGAUUGAAAUAUUCAUAAGGGUUGGCAGGGAAAGCUAGGAGGUCUUCAACUGAUACUAAGACUUGUUAAUUGUACCAAAGUGUGUGACCUCCUUUGGGAGAUUAGAUAAAUAAGUUCCCUCUCACCCCAAUGGAAGACGUAUACCUCCUUGUACAAGCACACUGUCUUGUUUUAUCCUUAAUUUGAAAUUAGAGCUGCCUAGUGAUUCUGGUAAUUACGUUCCUCUAGGUCUAAGUACCUCUAGCCUCAAGGGAAAGGUGAAGUCCUGAUUCAGUUCUAACAGGUUAUAUAUUCUGGCUAGAAUGAUGAGGGUGUGGAAAAUGAUUGUUUUAUUAUUUGGUCUUUGCAGAUCGUAUUCACCAGACAGUACAAAUUGAAACCAAUACUGUAGAAAUUGAAGAGAAAGGUAUCAGGUUGAGAUUAACAGUGGUAGACACUCCAGGAUUUGCUGAUGCUGUAGACAAUACAGAUUGGUAGGACUUCUCUUAAUCUGAUACUUACAUACGGUAAACUGCCGCUUAUAAGUCUCCUCAUAUAAUCCCUCUCAGGUAUAGGCCCAUCUACCUGUAAAUAUAAAAAUACUUCCAAUUAUAAGCCCCCCCCCUUGAUAUAAGGUCCCAUCUAGCUUGUAUUGAAAUGAACUGGAUUUAUUGUGACAUCUUGAAGCUUAAUUAAAAACCAGUAAAUAAAAAACAUAUCUUAAUCAGCACUGCUAUAGCUUGUUUCGAAGUGCUUUUCUGGUCCGGUUGUAAGUCCCACUCCUUAUGAGGACGUAUAAGUCCAGGGCUUAUUAGCAUCCAUUUACGUUUUUCUGUCACUAGCAAGGAAAUUUGAAAAUUUAGACAUCACUUAAGGAGAGUGCACUGUAGCAUGUCUUGCUUGAUGAAUUUGUAUUUAAAGGUACUAUAUGUAGCUGUUAGAAAUUGGAAUAGCUUUCCCAAGAUUGAUGAAGGAAUAUUGUUCUGUAUGCUUAUAUUGGAAGCCAUUAAUUGGAGACAAAUAUAAGAAUGUUUUUUUUUCUUGUACUGUAUAGUUGGCAAGCUGUAACUAACUACAUUGACCAACAGUACGAGACUUACCUGCAAGAUGAAUCAGGCCUUAAUCGACGGCACAUAGUAGACAACAGAGUUCACUGCUGUCUUUAUUUUAUAUGUCCACAUGGUCAUGGGUUGGUAUUUGCAUUUGUUGUAGAUUUUUUACGUUGGAUAGCAAAUUUUGCUAGUUAUGUAGAGUGUGUACUUCUGCAUUUGUGGUCUCUUUUCGUGGACAGUCACCAUUACUUCUAAUCAUCAAUUCUUUUUGUGCAAUCACUGUUUCAGUCAUCAUCAACUGAUCUCAUCCACAAGAAUCAGAAUCGUCAUUAUCACUUUGAUAUUACCCAUCGUCAUUAUUGUUACCCGUGACCCCUGUAUCCACCUUCCCAUCACUAUGACAUUCACUGCCAUCGUCAUAAAUCACCCCAUGGUGGUUAUCUUGACCUUCAACAUCAUCACUGUUAUCAUCAUCAUCAUCAUCAUCAUCAUCAUCAUCAUCGUUAUCACUUUCACCAUGCCUUCAGAGAAUCAUAAACUAACCCUUCUCCAGAUUUUUGCAAAACAGAUUAGUAAUAACAAAUUAUUGUCCUGCUGAGCCUCUCUGGCAAACAAAAUACAUUCAAACCCACAACCGUCACCUUGGGGGUGGAGGAAAGUGGCCAUUUUAGUGAGGUGGUUAUAGUAUAGAUGUUCAGAACAUGAGUGAAUGUACCCGUUGUAGAUAAAAUCAUUUUUUGUGAGGUUAAACCAGAAUUUCCAUUGUCUCCUCUGAAAAAUCAGGGCUAUCAAACAAAUCCUGAACCAAACUAGGUUGAAUUAUGUUUUAACUUAAGAGUGGAUUUUACCCACAACAUAAUCCAUAGGGAAAAACAAAAGUGGGCAUUAUGGAGAAGUGGGAGUUAGCAGAGAUUCCAUUUUGAUAAAAGAAAAGGAACAGAAACAAACAGCGAUCUCCUUGAGUCUUUGUUUUUCUAGUACUUCUUGCACCUUACCAUUCAAGCUCUUAAGAAAGUUUUAUCUCAUUGGUACUAAUAUUAUUGCUGGCAUUGUGUUUUUUCCUUUUUCUCAGCCUAAAACCAAUAGACAUCACGUUCAUGAGAAUGUUACACACCAAGGUUAACAUAGUUCCUGUUAUAGCCAAAGCUGAUUGUUUAACAAAAUUCGAAAUGCAAAGACUUAAAAGAAAGGUGAGAGAGUGGUCAACUUUAUUUUUCAUACAUGUAUGUGUAGUGGUGGCCCAGGUACCCCAGGCUUAAAACGAUAAUUUGAGUGUCUCAAAGUAUUUUGUGUAGCGGGGGUCUUUUUGAGAACUAAUCUAUCUUAAAUGGGAUACAAACUGAGAGAGCACCUUAGUCAAGAAACUGGUUAUCAGGUAGGAAAUAUCAUUCAUCUGUUAAAGAUGUCCUUGUCGGUUGCAUACAUGGCUCAUACCUGCUGUAAGUCUCAUGUAUCUGUAGGGUGAUCAGAGAGACUUGAGACAGCUUUUUUCUUCAAUAUUGUUCCCGGAGCUUGGGGUACCUGUGGUGGUAAAAGGCAACAAGUUAAAGACAAUCCUUUUAAAAAUUGCUAAAGAAAUGCAAGUACUUCCCUGAAAUAUCAUUUUUUAUGGCGCCACCUUACAAGACCUUAAAGACAUAAUUUUUAUCCACAGACUCUUAAGCUACAACAAGUUACAAAAAGUGUGAGACACUACGACGAAAAACCGGCCUUUUUUUCUUUACUUCGCUGCUAGUCAGGCAGUUUAAGCCAAAGUAAGGUACAGUGUCUCAAGUAGUUUUGCAACUGGUUGUAGCAAUGUAGCAAGCUACCUUUACAGCCGGGGUUUACGUUAUUAGUGAGCUUAUGCAAAGACGUUUUUGGCGAUGCACGUCAACCGGAAGUGAACUGUAUCCAUUUAUGGGUAGUUCUUCCCUUAUUUUCGGUCAAAUCGCCUUUAUGAGACUAUAGACGCUUAGCAAUACAAAUUUGGAAGUGUUGUGGUAAAUUGAAAGAGAUAGGGGUUCACUUCCAGUUGAUGUGCUUCGCUAAAAAACGCCUUUGCUUUCGCUCCUUUAUGUCGCGUAAAGGGCUACAUGCUAAGUUCAAAAUUUUGACUCUUUUGUUACCAGGUCCUAGACGAAAUUGACGAACAUGGUAUCAAGAUUUACUCAUUUCCAGAUUGCGACAGCGAAGAUGAUGAGGAAUUUGUUGAGAUAAACCAGGAAUUGAAGGUAGAAAUUCCAGUAUUCCCUUUAUCUUAAAAGUUCAGCAAAUCGAAAUUACUAUACCCUAGAGAAGUGAAGAAUUAAAACGUGACUGAAACGACGCUCUAAGUCAAGAAAUGACCCACGAAAAACAUUUCACAUGCUUGCAGCUUUCGUCAUAAAAUGAAUAACUUUGCCCAAUACAAAUUACCUGGGACCGCUUUAUAAUCUCGUUUUAAAACAAAAUUUAUUUAGGCCUGAAUUAAAACCAGACAAACUCUUUCUUUUCAAAUAAGUAAUCAUUUGAAAGUCAGUUUGCAACAUCACACAAGAAGCUUCAACUAACUUUUACCUGGAUUGUCAAAGGCGAACUUGGCUUUCGCCUUUAAAGUCACCGAAUAAUAUGAGAGUUGCAAUAAUUUUUUUGCUCUUAGCGAUUCUUAAAACUUUAUUACUUACUUGUAUAUGUUCAGUUUUCUUUAUAAAGAACGCCGGUGGGCAUACGAUUUCCUGGCAAAAAAAACUGCAGUUUGACAGGCUUUUUACCGCCAAAAACGCGGCGUGCAAAUUGAAUGUGACCUUUGAAAUGGGCCCUUUGCACGAGACGGUCACAUGAUACAAAAAUCACCUUCCUGGAUGGCAAAUGGCGCAGUGGGACCUUGAAAAGAAAGGUUAUGAGCUUUUUGAAUAAGGUUACCGUAAAAUUCCGAAAAUAAGCCCCUCGAUGUAUGAGCCCUUCCAAAUAUAAGCCCCUCAAAAUCGUAACGCAAAAAUCCCUCCGUUAAAUCGCUCCUCCGAAUAUAAGCCCCCCGGGGGGCUUGAACUUGGAAUUUGCCCUCGAAUACAAAGUAAAACAAAGCGAAAAUGGUAAAUUUCCUUCCCACUACAAGCCAGCCCAAUCGAUUUUGAAACGCAAAUUUCUCUCCGUACAUAAGCCCCUCCAAAAAUAAGCCCCUCAAAAAGGGCCUUUGAAAAAUAUAAGCCCGGGGCUUAUUUUCGGAAUUUUACGGUAUCUCUUUGUUUUUCUUGCCCCUCUGCGUCGUUUGCCAUGACCGUAUCAUGCAAAAUGCCCAUUGGUUACAUGGAAAGUGGAAAAGAAAAACGUCACUAUUCAGUUACCAGGUCACAUCUCUUAUAGUCUCUGCUCUAUGUCUGUUCAUAUCUUUUUUCAGGGUAGUAUUCCUUUUGCUGUGAUAGGCAGUAACACAAUAACGGACGUCCGAGGCAAACAAGUACGAGUUAGGCAGUACCCCUGGGGAAUGGCAGAAGGUUUGUUAAUUCAGUCCCACUCAAUCUCCACAUUUGCAAACUUUGUCAAUAUUAUUUAUAAACGCAGACACGUUCUUUAAGUUUAUAACAGGGAGCUUAAUCAAAGGCGUUUUUGAGGGACACACCUUAACGGGAAGUGGACUUUUUGCAGUCUUAGGCUGUGGUUUUGCGCAGCAAAUUGUCGCUGUAAGAGUGAAAACACUUCACAGUAAGUGGCGCCAUUGCAUAUUAAAAGAGAAAAAGCCCCACCUUCCGGUUGUCAUGUGUCGCUCAAAAACGCCUUUGCGUAAGCUUCCUAUUAUGUCCUCAUCAUGACAGUAGCCGGUGCGAGCGUGAUGCGCAUGUCUAUAGAGAGGAGAAGUGUGACGUCACGUUACCAUGGAAGCAAAAUUUUGGGGUGACAACAAAAGGGAGCUUAGGCGCAACGAUGGCGACGGCAACGAGAAUGGCAAAAAAGCAAUAGGUUUAGAUAAAAGCAAAACAACAACUUUGCACGUGCAUCACGCUUUUUUGUACAUUUCUUAGCCGUCAUUGCACGACUGCGACGCCCCCUUCAUGGAGUAGGUAACCACAACACACAAAAAUUUUCUUUUCCUUUUUGUAAACUUAGAUACCGUACUUUCGGAUUCAACCCUGAAAUUUCGCCAACAUUUGACAAAUUAAAUGAAACUGAAUAAUAUCGAUGAAGUUUCAAACAGUGCGACUGCACUUUUAUGUGACGUUUUCGGUUUGUUGUCAUCCAGAAAUUUUGCUAUUAUGGCAACGUGACGUAACGACUUCUCCUCUCUAUUGAAAGGUAUGGCAGUGAGUAUGGCAGCUUUAGACUGGGUCGGUGUUGUGUUGAAUUGCAUUUUGGGACUGUUUUGGGGGGUGAAUGUAAUAGAACUACUCAAAGGAACUACUCGUGGUAUAGCCUGAGAAAAGGGCCGACAUUUCGUGACGCCACCACUGGUUUCGGUUUCCCACGAGAAACGAGCGAAGAAUUUCCGAUGGCGCUUCAUUACCUUUAUCUGGGUAGUGCUUCUAAUACUAUUGGUUUUAAAUUUGCUUUAUCCAAUCAGAAGAACUACCCAGAUCCGGGUAGUGACGCGUCAUCAGUAUGGAAUUUCUGCGCUCGUUUCUCAGACAUCAUUUCGCCGGGAAACCAGUGGUGGUGUCGCGAAUUGUCGGCUGUUUUCUCAGGCUGCUCGUAGUAGACAAUUGAAAAUGCGCUAGUGUCCCCAAAACAGUCCCAUCUCCCAUAGGACAAAUUGACACAACAACAACCCAGUCACACUAGUAACCAGAAAAUGGGCAUUGGUCAGGAACCAUAAAAACGUGCUUCUUACUUGUGUUCAUUUGCAGUUGAAAACCCCGAGCACUGUGACUUUAUCAAGCUUAGAAACAUGUUGAUCAGGUGAGCGAGAGACCUUACAUUACUUUACGCUUGCAACUAAUUUAAAGUUCCCGCACAAACUGCGCUGAUUUUCUUUGCGAUGCUCUAUACUUGAAAGAUAAAUUAAUCAAGUGACGCUGCUAUGUUUGUUGUUUCACUCCAACAUGACGACGGAGUAGCGUUGUUGGGUUCGUGCUCUCGAAUACAAUUUUGUUGGUUGAUCUGCUUGUGAACUCUCGCGAUAUGUUGCAAUUUGCCAAACUCUUGCUAAUGUCUUUAUCGGGUGUCGAUUCUGAGAUUGAACAUGUUUGAUUCCUCCAGACACCGUCGUGCAACGAAGGGUCGAUUGUACGAUGGCCUUAGGGACUUGAGUCGUGUUUUUUCAAUAAAAUGAUUUCACUACAGUUAAUUGGGAUACACCAAACGGGUCCUUAUUUAGGGAUAAGCCCAAACGACACAACGCCCAAUUUCUCUUCAGUUCCUUCCCCUUUCUAUCCUUUCACUGGUAUUCCUGUUCAAGGGAAAAGGAAUGUUAUAUCUCAUUGUGCUUUCUUGUCGUGUCCUUUUGCUAAGAGUAAAUCUCACCGAUUUCGUUUUCAGAACACACAUGCAGGAUUUGAAAGAUGUCACACAAGAAGUGCAUUACGAAAAUUACAGAGCGGAGCGUUUGUCGCGAGAGGGGCAAGGGCCCCCCUCACCUCGUAAAACUAUAGAGGCAAUGUAUGUAAACCGUUUUCCAUAACGUGUCCUUCAUAUUUAAUCGAGGCCCGGUGGCAACUUUAGAUCCGUGAAAAAUAAAUGAUCUUUUCAAAUUUCUUGUUUUAGGAAACGCAAAACGGGAAGUUUUGAGCCGGAACAGGUGGAUGCAGCCAACAUUUCGGAAAAGGAUCGAAUGUUAAAAGAAAAGGAAGCCGAGGUAUUUAGCAACUUGAUAUAUUGUUUCGCCCAAUGUAAGGGAAUCUUAGACUGUCUUGGAUUCUGGAUUCCACUCGGAAUUCAAGUACUGUUUUCCGGAUUCCAAUCCUUAGUGGGAUUCCGGAUUCCUUGAGCUGUAUUCCAGAUUGCCUUUUUGGGUGAAUUUUUUACUGUAGAGGAUGGAAUGUAAAUCCCAAACGUGGUAGUAUUUUUUCCUUCCUCUCCAAAAAUUCCCCCCUGAACUUAUGUUUUCCAAGACCAGACGUUUUUGAUCCCCUGGGGAACAACAGACGCGAAAGUUGCGAAAGUUCAAGUUUUGUAGGUUAUAUAUCGCCGGUGCCUCCCAAGGGGUUUUGAGCGUUCCAAUUUUUGACGCCUUUCAUCCGAUCAGGAAAAAAAAAACAUUUCUUUUCAACAAUAGACCUUUUUACCGAUACGGCGGCCAUAUUGAAUUAUUUCGAUUUAAGGAGUAAUAUAGGAUGCCCAGGGGGCAAGAGCACAUUUCGUUUGUAUUUUCAAGCGCUUUUCGGGACAUUUUUUCUUAAAGUAUUCUUAGAAUAAGAUUGUAAUGGUAAAAAAGAUCCUUGUGCCGUGUUUGGAUGUAAAAAUGAUCGCCUUUUUCUAGUCUAGUAUUAGAAAUGUGGUCUUUCGGGAAAAGGCGAUCAUUAUUACAUCAAAACACGGCACAAGGAUCCUUUUUCCCAUUACAAUCUUAUUCUAAGAAAACUUUAAGAAAAAAUGUCCGGAAAUGCGCUCGAAAAUACAAACGAAAUGUGUUCAUACCGCCUGGACAUCCUAUAAUACUCCUUAAAUCGAAUUGACUUAAUAUGGCCGCCGUAUCGAUAAAAAGGUCUAUUAGCAGCUGAACUAAAAACAGGAUUUGGCGCCAUAUCUGGCGGGCCCGUGGUUUGUUACAGCGAAUGGAAUUUUUUCCUUCGAGAAAUGUGAGUUCUUAGAAAAUGUUGGACUAAAUUACUUGGCAUUAACGAUAAAGUAGCUUCCUUGAGUUAAACUUGCAUUUUUUUUUCUUUCAGUUGCGACGAAUGCAAGAAAUGGUACUUCAAAUGCAGAAAGAGAUGGCGAAACAAAAAGCAGUAGGCCAAGAUGAAAAAAUGUAA